GCACCUUCCAUAUUCAAGAUGGCUGCCUCCAGGGAAGAAAAGAGACUGUCGAUGUGGCUGUGUUUUUCUGGGUUUUUGGAUUUGUUUGGAGUGAGCAUGAUCAUCCCACUACUGUCCAGACAUGCUAAAGACAUGGGAGCAACACCAACUCUCAUGGGAGCCUUAGCUUCAGUGUACGGUGGAAUUCAACUCUUCUCCAGUCCACUCAUAGGUAGCUGGGGUGAUGUGUGGGGAAAACGACCCAUGUUGUUGCUGUGCCUCCUACUGACAACCAUCAGCUACACCCUGCUGGGGCUGGCACCCACCCUCGCACUGGCCAUACCAGUCAGGAUCCUUGCAGGUAUCUUCAAACACAGCCAGACGUUAUCCAAGGCAUACUUGGCAGACAUCGUCCCCAAAGCGGAACAUUCAGAAGUGUUUGGAAGAUUCAGUGCCUUCUCCAGUAUGGGGUUUAUAGUAGGGCCUGUGGUUGGGGGACAUCUGAUGGUGACAGAGGGAGGAUUUCUGCUGGUCUGUCUGGUGGGUUCGGCUGUGUUCUUCAUCAAUCUGUGUAUUGUGUGGUAUGUUCUUCCGCACGUCAACCCAGAAAAGAAAAAUGACAACCACAGAAAGAAUCCAGCUGCAAGCUUUGACGUUCUAGCUUUCUUCUCUUCCCUGAAGAAAGCCCUGUUCUCUGACAUGUGGGAUCUGUUCCUGGUCAAAUUCCUCCUGACAUUCUCUGUUCUUCUCUAUCGCACCAACUUGGGGCUCGUUCUCGAACAACGCUUCGAUAUCACGCCAAAAGAGGUUGGCUACCUCAUAUCCUACAGCGGGAUUGUCGGCACCGUGAGCGGCUUCGGCGCCGGAAAGGUCGCGGAAUUUUACCGCAAUGACACAACGGUGAUGAUCCAUUUCACCGUUCUGUUGGUGGCGGCCAUCCUGGGGAUGACUUUUACGCCGUACAUCUGGCUCUACAUCGUCUGCCAAACCGCCAUGUCGUUCUGUAACGCUAACCUGAGGGUCGCGUCGACAAACAUCACGAUAGAGCGAGGGCGGAACAAAGAGACGGGGGUGCUGAUGGGACUGAACCAAUCGGUGAUCUCGAUGGGGAGGAUCGGGGCCCCGUUGUUGGGUGGACUAGUCCAGGAGGUACACCUGACAGGAGCAGGGGUGGUGGGGGCAGGGUUCGCUCUGCUGGCUGGUGGGAUCAUGGUGGUUAUUCCACCUGAAGGGUCUGAUAGCCAGACAGUAGGGAAAGAGAAGAAAGAGCUGUAGUUUACAGAAUGGCCAUGGUUUAACUGGAUCACAUUUUUUGUGCAGAAUUCUAUGACUUCUUUGCUUACAGUUAUCAAUACAUGUUGUGUAGGAAGUAUAGAUUUUUUAAUAGCUUUUUUGUGUAACUAUAAUGUUGUUAUCAUAAUGGUACUGUGUUUUUAUGGUAUAAAAAGCAUUUUACUGGUGCUACAUUGCAAUUGACUUGGAAUUUAAGGUUAAAAAUUUGCUUCCGCUGGCUAGAUCCACUAUGUUUCAACAUAGAAGGAAAAUGAUUUUGCAAUGACUGAUGUGUGGCUGUGCAAUAAGAAUACCCAAUCAGAGUUCCAAAAGGCUAAUGACAUAAGGAAAAGGGAAAGAUGAUUGGUCAACAAUUGGUCAGUACAUAUCAGGGGAUUUCCUCAAUUGGGAAUGUUCAGAAUGUAUUUCAGAGAACACUAUAUGCAAAGAAAAAAGUUUUGUAUAUUCUUGCUAAGUAGAAUCACAAAAUGUGGACCAAACUGCAAUUUGCUGCUUUUUUAAGACAUUGUUACAUAG